UGAGAUCGAGAAGUUUGAUGAGUUAGUUUCCUUCACGCGGUUUGUUCGUCACUUCACUAAUAAUUUUCCUGUAGUCUUGGUCCCGAAGAAAGAUUCUGGGGACUUCUUUGGUUCCACAUCCUAUCCGACAUGCCGAAACAAGCGGCGAAUUCGGGAGGAGGGAACAAGGAUACAGUGUAUCGUUUCCUCCGAGAAUUGAUUCGACAAGGGGUAGCAUGGUUUGUUAACGAGGAGGGUCGGUUUCGAAUCAAAUGGGACAUUGCUGUGGAGCACUACAUCGAGUACAGAGUGAAGAAGAACCCCCAGUUCAACAAGUACAUCAACCGAAGAAAGGCCAGCAAUACCUUCAGAGGAGCCCUUCUAAACUACUACAAAAAGGACGGAGCGAGAGAGUACCAAGACCGUAGGAAGUUUAAUGGCAAGAACGAAGUUACUGAGAGAGAGUUCCAAAUGCCACACACUGUGUGCCGAUCACUUUUUGGAUCAACCGCUGAAAUUUCAGAUCCCAAGGAACAUGGCACUUCUGAUGGUUCUGUUUUCGUAUCAGCUGAGACCAAUGACUAUUCCUGUGUAACACCUUUUUUAAAUGAUACUGGAUUUGAUGAGCUUCUUGACGAAGAUUUUUACGAUACCUUUGAAGACUUUACAAGUGAUUUUGAUCCAGUUGAAGUAAUUUCAAAAUCUGAUGGCAAUCUUCAAGGAGGUCUAGUCUCUGAUGACAAUGGAUUUGGAGAAACUUAUGCAGAUAUUUUGCUUGAAUCAAGUUAUGGCAUGUUAGGAACUGAAGACCCUUUUUUGACUGAAGGUCAUGCACUUUUCAGCAACACUCAAACAUGGAGUGAUGUUCAACUUGCCAAUAAUCAAGAGACACUGAAGUGCGAUAAACAGACAUGUGGAGAUUCUGCAGAAGAGCAGUUGCAUGAUUCAGGAUUGGAAACGGAAAUAAAGAGCAGUUCAGAUGAUGAUAUUGAAAUGCACUUCGACCAAGGAGGAGUGCAUGACAUUUGUCCCCCAUCAGGCUCAGUGAAGGGUGGAUUAAAAUUUCAAAUAAAUUUGAAAGAGAACCUGCCUGAACAUGUUAAAUCAGGAAUAGCAUACUUUGAUGGAAUAGGUGAUGUUGAAUUGGAUGUAACAAAUCCAUACAGUUUUAGUGGAAUCACCCUUGCUUCCCCCAAGUGUGGACCUGUUCCUGUUACAAUCCAGACAAGAGAUGGUCACCAGCUUGGGAUGACACAAUUUGUUUAUGUGGAUGAGGUGCAAGAAGUGCUUAAUCAGCUAAUUAAAGAACCUGCACUCCGAUCUUUGUACCCUGAUCAUAUGCAAGCCUUAGUGAAAGAGAUGGUUCGAGAUCUUGAUCUUCAACUGUCCUUGAUUACUGCCAUGUCAUGUCAGGAAGAUGAAAGUGACAGCUAUGUGGCACAGAAUCCAGAAGCAAAAUUGGCACAAGUUCAAGUUAAAGUUCUUCAGCUUCUUGUUUAUGUGGCUGCUGAGGAGGAUGCUGAACAGUUUAUACAAAUGAUCUUCAGUACCUCUGCUGGAAAAAUGGUGUUUGACAGUUACAAGGCUGAAACUACUCUGCCAGAGGAUGUUGCAAGGGCCAAUGGUCACAACGAGUUAGCGGAGUACUUACAGGAUGUAAACAAACGAUUGUCCAUGUGGAAUGGCAGUGAUGUCCACUCUAAGUCAGUUGAUUGGCAGGAAUUAAUUCAAGCAGUCAAAAAAAUCCAGACUCAGUCUUCUAUGUCUGAAGAUGAACAAAAUUUGAGGGUAAUGCCAUCCGACGAGGACAGCAACUUGAGUGAUUACUUUGCUGACACUGAGACUUCGUCUUGUGGAUCUCUUGAAGUUGACACUGAAUGGCUUGAUUGGGAAGAGACUUUUACAAAAGAUAAAGAACCAACAGGGAAGGAGGCCCCGUGGUCAAUUCCUCAAAGUGAAUUACUUUCUGAGGAAGCAACCCAAUUUGACCAAGCUGAAGACGAGGAAAGGACAAUGUUUUCAAACUUAAACUCUCACACGCUUCAACUUGAACCUACUUACUCACAUGUAAAUCCGCUUGGAGUUUGCUGCUUUUACCGUAUUUUUUCUUGUUUAUUUGCUUUACUUUUCACAAUAACGAUGAAUCACGAUCUCAAGCCACCAAACAGACAAAAAUUGAGAAUAGCCCGAGUUGUCUAUGAUAGACGUCGCCAUAGCCGAUGUAUAUGCUUUAUGUUUACCGUCAGUUUGCUAAGAGUAAUAGGAGGAUUCCAGUUUGGAGGAUCUAUUCAUGAAUACACGACACCGUCACACGUUUCCAUUGACGAUGUGUGCUAUUACAAGGUUUCGGCAAUAGCUAAUAUCUCUAGGGAUUGUGGAUCCGUGGGAAGUUUUGGCAGACUCAAUCAACUACGAAUACUGGCGCUGAACCCUGACCUAGGAGGUAAACCAAUCGAUUUGGACGAUGGAAUGUGUUAUCCAGCCGACUUGAUCAACACCGACUUCUUUGAAGUAAAUGACGCCAAGAUCACAUGUCUCCUUGGUUGCGUUCUUUUCUUCAUUGGGGUUGUCGUGGGAUUAUUUUGGAGACGUCUGUACUGUUACACUGUUGAAGUACAGCAAACAAAGUCAGAACUUUUACCUGAGACUUUUACAAAAGAUAAAGAACCGACAGGAAAGGAGGACCCGUGGUCAAUUAUUCGACGUGAACUUUUGUCUGAGGAAGCAACCCAAUUUGACCUAACUGAAGACGAGGAAAGGACAAAGUUUUCAAACUUAAACCCUCACACGCCUCGACGUGAGUAUACGCAAUUUUCUUGAUCGUUUGAGGGGAGCUUAACCUAAACCAUGUAAUGCUUCCUAGGUGUGUAUAUAACGGUAUUGAAAUGGAGGUAAGUUCUAUCUGAAAAGUUUCACGGAAAAAGUUUGCUCGUGAUAUUAACGCCUAACGGUCUAGAAAAAUUGUAACGCCGGCAAAACGGAAAGAACAGCCGCCCGCAAGAUUUGAACAUUUAGCGCUGAAAUUUUUAUGCCCCACCAAGACCUUUAGUUACAAAAGCUAACCUUUUGUGGUCUGUUCAAGUAGCCACAAUGUAGGUUUCUUCGAUUCGCUUCCGCACGGCAAAAAUUUUGCAAUGUAUGCAUGACGCUUCAGGAUAAACCUGAAGUUUUUUAAAUUUAAUCGAAUACGGCGUUCUAAGUAGGUUUAACUCGUAAUUCGUGACACUCAGAGCGAGAAAUUGAACUCAGGAUAUGUGAAGGAAAGCUGUCCUUGAUCACUUGCUUUUCUCCAUUCCAAUUCAAUAAAGCACUUUAACAAGCUGUACACAACUUAUCGCGGAUAAACAAAAAAAAAAAAAGUGAGAGGUGAAUCAAAUUACAAACAGGUGAAUCAAAUUACUACAACAGCAUUAUGGAAAAGCAGAACAUUUUUAGGCUAUUAGAGUCUUGUUGCAGCCAACUCGCAGUCAACGCCCAUUCAUAGUGGCAUAAUUGUUAAUGGAACGCUCCAAUGUAUUUUGCGAAAUGCCUUUUUUUUCAAAAUUUGGUGAUUUCAUUUUAAAGACCUCCUGGAAAAUCGAAAAAAAAAAAAGAAUAACGAGAGGAGGUUUCUAGGGUGUAUGUAGAUACUGUUGCGUCCCCGAUGCCUGAAAGCGGAACUGCAACUCUUGCGGCUGCGAAUUCGCGGGAAGGAGUCAAGGAGGUCCGGACCACCUCAUCAGACCUGUGGGUGAUCGCAUAUUGUAACUUAAGUUGAAGUAUUUUACAUUUACUCAUUAUGAAAUUAUAAAAAAGUUCUGUGUAUUCUGGAUCAAA